CCUUGGGAAAUUGGAAUGUUGAGGUGCCUUACUGAUUUGGCAUUGUCAGACAAUCAACUCACCGGUGCAAUCCCAGCUUCUAUAGGGAACUUGACGAAGGUAUCAAACCUUUAUCUUUAUACCAAUCGACUUUCUAGUUCUAUACCUUGGGAAGUUGGAAAGUUAAGGUCCGUUACUGAUUUGGAAUUGUCAGACAAUCAACUCACCGGUGCAAUCCCAGCUUCCAUAGGAAACUUGACGAAGGUAUCAACUUUUUAUGUUUUUGCCAAUCGACUUUCUGGUUCCAUACCUUGGGAAGUUAGAAUGUUGAGCUCCAUUACUAAUUUAGAUUUGUCAGACAAUCAACUCACCGGUGCAAUCCUAGCUUCCAUAGGAAACUUGACAAUGCUAUUAAAUUUAGUUCUUGGAGUGAAUCAAUUUUCUGGUACUGUCCCUUUAGAGAUUAACAACCUUACUCUCUUAGAAACAUUAGAAAUACAUGAAAAUAGAUUGGGUGGUCACCUACCAAAUGACAUAUGCCUUGGUGGACAACUUCAAUAUUUCUGUGCAAGGGGAAACAAUUUUACGGGUCCCAUACCACGAAGCCUUAAAAAUUGUAGCAGCUUGAUAAGACUCCGUCAAAACCAACUCACAGGAAAUAUAUCUCAAGAUUUUGGGAUAUAUCCACACUUAAACUAUUUGGAUUUAAGUGAUAACAAAUUCUAUGGUGAGCUUUCAUGGAAAUGGGAAGAUUUUCACAGUUUGUCAACUUUGAAAAUCUCCAAGAAUAAUAUAUCAGGUACAAUUCCAUCUGAACUCAGCAAGGCACCUCAAUUGCAAUCGCUUGACCUCUCAUCUAAUCAUCUUGUGGGGAAUAUACCGAAAAAAUUGGGAAAGUUACAAUUACUUUACCUUUAUCUUGGCAACAAUAAGAUUUCAGGUGGCAUUCCUAAAGAAAUUGGUAUGUUACGUGAUCUUUCUAAUCUUAUUUGGCUGCAAAUAAUCUUUAAUUUGGCUGCAAAUAAUCUUGGUGGAUCUAUUCCCAAACAGCUCGGUGAAUGCUCAAAAUUACUCGUCUUGAACCUCAGUAAAAAUGAAUUUUCAAGUAAUAUCCCCUCAGAGAUUGGGAAUUUACGCUCUCUAGAAAGCCUUGAUCUAAGUUAUAAUUUGUUCAAAAAAGAGAUACCAGAGCAGCUUGGACAGUUGCAAAAACUAGAGAUGUUGAAUCUCUCCCACAAUUUAUUGUCAAGUUCUAUUCCAACUACUCUUGGUUACUUGAUAAGCUUAACAUUGGUGGAUAUAUCCUAUAACAAGUUAAAGGGCCAGAUUCCUAAUAUUAAAGCUUUCCAUGAGGCUCCAUUUGAAGCACUGAGAAACAACAAAGACUUGUGCGGUAAUAACACCAACUUAAAGACUUGUGAUUCCUUCAUAAUAAAAAAAACCAUAGGAAAAAAAGACAUAAAAGUAAUCAAACAUAUUGUUCUUCCAAUCUUGUCCGCCAGUUUGUUUCUGUUCUUUCUCUUCAUAGGAUGUUUUUUCAUUUUCCGUCGAAGAAGUAUAAGGAGAAAAGCCAAAUUAAGUAGUGAGGAAGGUGUUCAUGCAAUAUGGAGCCCAAAUAAAGAUCUACAACAUGAAAACAUUAUCGAGGCUACAGAAGGUUUUGAUUCUAAGUAUUGUAUUGGAGUGGGAGGGUAUGGAGUUGUCUAUAAAGCGGUGUUGCCAACGAGUAGAGUGGUUGCUGUGAAGAAACUUCAUAACCUGUCACAGAAUGAUGAGAUGUUGAAUGUGAAAGCAUUUGAAAAUGAGAUUGUUGCACUGACAAACAUUCGCCAUCGGAACAUUGUGAAGUUAUAUGGAUUUUGUUAUAUGGAUUUUUGUUCUCAAUCUAAACACUCAUUGAUUUAUAACUUCAUAGAAAGAGGAAAGUUGAGAAAAGAAUUAUGUGGAUAAAGAACAAGCAAAAGGGAGUUAAAUUGGAGUAAAAGGGCUAAAUGUUUGUUAAGAGGAAUAGCCAUGCAUUUGUCUUAUACACAUGAUUGCUCCCCUCCAAUGAUUCAUAUUCAUCGAGACCUUUCCAGCAACAAUGUCCUACUAGAUUCAGAAUUAGAAGCUCAUGUCUCUGAUUUCGGUACAGCAAGGCUCUUGAUGCCCGAUACAUCAAAUUGGACUGCAUUUGCCGGAACAUUUGGAUACACAGCUCCAGAGCUAGCUUACACAAUGGUAGUCAGAAAAUGUGAUGUUUAUAGCUUUGGUGUGGUAGCACUGGAGAUAAUAAUGGGAACACAUCCAGGAGAUUUCAUUUCAUCUCUUUCGUCAUCUUCAGCAGCAACGAACCAGCAAACCCUAUGGAAAGAUGUGACUGACCAAUGCCUACAAAUUCCUCAAAAAAGAGAUGCUGAAGGCUUGAUUUAUGUUUCCAAACUUGCAUUUGCAUGUUUGGUAUGAAUCCUCAAUCUCAUGAAUCCUCAAUCUCGGCCAACCAUGGAACAAGUUUCUUCAAAACUAGUUGCUAAAUGGCAUCCAUUAACAAAGCCAUUUUCUGAAAUCCAAAUUAGGAGAGCUUUUGCUUCAAGAUGGCCAAACUGGCUAAUCCUUUAUUAUUGUUCAUGUGUACAUCUUAUUUAAAAUUCAUCUAUGAUCUUAAUUUAUAUAUGAAUAAAGAAUUUUGUAGCUCAUGUUUUAUAUUUUUUAAAA